UUUUCUUCGGGUUUUCUCCGGGAGAGGCUGCUAAAUACCAUGUCCAUUGGUCUGAAGUCCAAAAAAAAGGCUUCAAUGCAGCUAUACGCAAUUGAGAACUGAAUGGCCCACGAGGAUAAAGAAGGGACUAGGUCCUCGGGCAGCUGGCGGAGCUAAACAUUGACGACAUAACAAUAUUUACGUCAAUACCUCUAGUUUAUCAUACCCUCUCCGAAGCAGUCGACGUUUUCAACAAAAUAAACUGCUAUCAGAACAAAGCAAAACAGAAGGGGAGAAAGAGGAGCAAAAUCAUAAUUGCGAGCUUCAGCGUCAUGAUCUUGUCGUUCCUCUUUACGCCUUAUGCUCUCGUCCUUGUCCUAGUGUUAUACUACCUCUUGCCCUACCUACAACGACAAGGACUCCGCGACAUUCCAGGUCCGGUCGCAGCAGCUUUUACGAAUUUCUGGCUCCUGCUUCAAUGCCGCCGUGGGAAGCGCUACCUCGCCGUGGACAAGGCGCAUAAGAAAUAUGGCCCGCUUGUGCGCAUCCAACCACACCACGUCUCCGUUGCGGAUGUGGAUGCCAUCAAUAUCAUAUAUGGGCACGGCAAUGGCUUUCUAAAAAGCGAAUACUACGACGCCUUUGUCUCGAUCCACCGCGGGCUGUUCAACACCCGGGACCGCGCCGAACACACCCGCAAGCGCAAGACUGUCUCCGGGACAUUUAGUGCCAAAGUGAUAGGUCAAUUCGAGCAAUACAUGCAUCACAACCUCAAGGAGCUUCUUGUACAAUGGGACCGCAUUUGUGCCACCGCAUCAACGACAACGACGACCACGGCGACAGGCUCGCAAGGGAAAUACGCGCCCAUCGACGCACUCAACUGGUUCAAUUAUCUUGCAUUCGACAUUAUCGGGGACCUUGCGUUUGGCGCGCCAUUCGGAAUGCUUUCCAAAGGCGCAGAUAUCGCUGAAGUACGCAUGACUCCCGACGCAGAACCCACAUAUGCGCCAGCCAUUCAGGUGCUCAACCGCCGAGGAGAAGUCUCAGCAACACUAGGCUGCCUGCCCGCGCUGAAGAAAUGGGCGCCGUACUCUCCGGACCCGUUCUUCCGCCACGGUCUUGCGGCCGUGAAGCAAUUGGCUGGGAUCGCGGUAGCAAGGGUCAAUGCGCGCCUCCAGGCUGGGCAAAAGUCCGAUCGAGUCGAUUUGCUCGCGCGGCUCAUGGAGGGUCGUGAUUCGAAUGGGAAUCCAAUGGGCAGAGAGGAACUAACGGCCGAGGCGCUCACCCAGAUGAUUGCGGGGAGCGAUACGACGAGUAAUACGUCUUGUGCGCUGUUGUUUUGGUGUUUGAAAACGCCUGGUGUGGUUGAGAAAUUGCAAACCGAAUCGGACGAAGCGAUUGCCAGUGGUGUUAGGAUUCCGGAGUUUAGUACUGUCAAGGAUUUGCCGUACCUCAAAGCAGUAAUCAACGAAACCCUUCGUAUCCACUCAACCUCCAGUCUCGGCCUACCUCGAGUCGUCCCGCCAGGCAGUCCCGGGGUAACUAUCCUCGGCAAACACUUUCCCGCCGGCACCGUCCUGUCCGUGCCAGCAUACACCAUCCAUCACUCCAAGGAGAUCUGGGGUCCUGACGCCGAUGAAUUUCGGCCUGACCGGUGGCUUGGAAGUGGUGGAGCUGGCGGUGGAAGCAUAUCGGACAUUCAAAAAGCCGCCUUCGUCCCAUUCAGUCACGGCCCGCGAGCCUGCGUCGGCCGCAACGUCGCAGAAAUGGAACUCGCCCUCAUCGUGGCAACUGUUUUUCGCAACUAUGAAUUUGAAUUGUAUCAGACUGAAAUGCAUACCAGGGAGGGAUUCUUGCGAAAGCCGCUUGGUUUGAAUGUUGGUAUUAGGAGAAGGUCGUCUUAGUUUAUCGUUGAGGCUUCUUUUCUUCUCUUUUUCUGGGUUAAAAAAGUUUGCUUAUCCUUUCGUCAGUGUAUAAUGCUGUAUAUGUACAUACACCUUUCCACUCAAAGCAUGAUGCAGCCUUACUGUUAUACAGCAUAUAUGGCAAACGGACAUCUCCUUUCUGAUCUAUAAUUUUGCUUUUCUACAUAACGUGAUAGCAUUUUCUGUUAUGUCUUUGCUUACGACUUCGCGAUACAUUGCUAAACUCGCCCGACACGCUGCUGGACUUACAAUGAGCAAAAAGCUUUGCAACUCCUAACCUCGAAGCAAGCUUUUUUUAAAGCUUGUCGCUUCCGAAAUCGCAGGACGGGACAGGACGAUGUUAAGCUCACGCUUUUGCACUCCACUCGCUACUU